UUCCAUUUUGCUGUCAUAACAAUAUUAUUAGCGAACAGAUUGAAAUCGAAAAAGAGUAUAACAGACAGCAUCGAGGAAAAGAGGAUCAGAACUUUCAGUUUUUAUUUUUUCUGGAGAUGGAAGCUGAUGUUUCCAUUAUUUUUUAUGCGUUUUCCAAACCCUAAAUUGCAAAAAUCCCAAUUUAUUAUUCUCUAUCUUUCCCUCGGAUGAUUUCCAACCAAAAAUCUGUGUUUUUUUUCUUAACGGAUCUUUUGCUCUGAUGGGUACGUUGAAUCUACUCUUGUUCUUCUCUUUGGUGAGUCUGUGUGCUAUGGCUGCUGCAAAGGUGGUGCUUAUUGGGAACAAUAUUACUGUGUCCUUCGAUGAUAUUGAAGCUAAUUUUGCUCCAACAGUCAAAGGUUCUGGAGAGUAUGGGGUCUUAUAUUUGGCAGAGCCACUUGAUGCGUGUACAGACCUGACAAAUAAAGUUGAACGACUUCCCAAUGUGAGUUCACCUUUUACUUUGGUCGUUAGAGGGGGAUGUAGCUUUGAGGAGAAAGUCAGAAGGGCACAAAAGGCUGGCUUCCAAGCUGUAAUUGUCUAUGAUAAUGAAGAAGACGGUGUCUUGGUUGCAAUGGCAGGAAAUUCUGCUGGGAUAAGAAUACAUGCAGUAUUUGUAUCUAAAGCUUCGGGUGAAAUACUAAAGAAAUAUGCUGGGUGGCCUAAUGUGGAAAUAUGGUUAAUUCCAACUUUUGAAAACUCGGCAUGGUCUAUCAUGGCAAUUUCAUUUAUCUCCCUACUCGCAAUGUCUGCAGUGCUGGCCACUUGUUUCUUUGUCCGCAGACAUCGCAUAAGAAGAGAAAGGCCUCGGGGUUCUCUUGUCCGUGAAUUUCAUGGUAUGAGUAGUCGCCUAGUGAAAGCAAUGCCAAGUUUGAUAUUUACUGCUGUUUUGGAAGACAACUGUACAUCAAGGACAUGUGCUAUAUGCCUUGAAGACUAUUGUGUUGGCGAGAAGAUCAGGAUUCUUCCGUGCUGUCACAAGUUUCAUGCUGCAUGUGUGGAUUCUUGGCUUACUUCAUGGAGAACCUUUUGUCCAGUUUGCAAGCGUGAUGCAAGAACUGGCUUAACUGAUCCACCUCCUUCAGAAUCCACACCCUUGCUCUCAUCAAGCCCAGCAUCUAUGGCAUCCUCUGUCUUAUCUUCUGUGAGAUCAUCACUAGCUUCAUCUUCAGCAAUACAAAUUGCCCGGACAGCUUCACAGACCACAUCUGUUUCCCGUAACCACUCUAUUGCCAGUACACCUUAUGUUCAUCCAUCAACAUCACUUAGGUCAUCCUACCAUCAAUCCCCCUCCCUAAGCAUGAGCCGAAGCUCAGUAGAUCUUAGGAAUGCAUCCCAAAGAUCUCUAGCUUCUCACUUGAAUUCACCACAUUCCAUGGGAUAUCCUUCUAUGCCAUCCCUUAACUCAAGGUACAUGUCCCCGUAUAUUCCAAGUCCAAGCAAUGCUUCAGUGAGUUAUUUGGGUUCAUCCAGUCAUCAACAACAUCCUCUCCGUUAUAGUGAGUCGGCUGCAAGCUUCUCACCAUUUGCAUCGACACACUCCCUUCCGGAAUGUUAAAUUGUUCAAUUUCAUUAUAUCAUAUGAUUGAGGUGUCCAUGCACUUGAACCAGUAAUUGCCGAGUCUUGAACUAAAAGGUGCCAUUGAUGACUGAUGCUCUAGUGGACUACUCCUAUGCGACACUACGGCAUUCUUAACCUGUCUCCUUUGGCAUUUGACUUCCUCAUUGGCACCUGGUGUACAUUGUAGCUUCUCUUGUGAUGUUCAGUUUCAUUUACAUGUUCUGGUUGAGGUUCUUACGUUUUUAGGCUGGUGAGUUUGCGUACAGUCAAUCGUGUGUAUUGUUUUUGCUUUGAAUUUGAUGUUUUCAUGGCUGCUUUGAUUUCAAAGUACAGUCAACUACUAACAAGAAAAUGUUGGGCUGUAGAUUGAAGUCAUAGAGUUCUUUAUGUUGUUUUAUGGAUUUGUCCAACUGAAUGAUGAGAGAUCAUGUGAUACUCUGUUGUUACCUGUACUUGAUUAUCUAAUUGCAACAAUAUUAUCAA